UACGCACGCCAACUUCCACCUCUGCGUCCGCCACCUUCUUUUGAACUCUUCCGUGCUCUUACGGUUGCAACCCGACGAAACCCUCCCCCUCCCCCUUCCCCGGCUUUUGGCUCCAAAGAAGAAAAGGGCCAGAGAGGGUCUCGCGCGCCAGCCAAUGCGCGCGCCGUCCCUAGGAUGUGCCUGAUUGGAGCCCAAGGCGGCGCGCGCUGAAUUCGUGCGCGAGAAGGAGCGGCGGAGCGUCUGGAUUUCCCCACCCUCCUUGUUUUCAUUGUGCAGCCUUCCCGUGCUUUGUACGCGCGACAGCUGAGCUGGGAAAGGGGAGCGCGCGCGCAGGGGGUUCCCUGGCGAGCUGGAGGUUCCGGGAACCUUGGAAGCCUGAGCGGGCUUGAGUCGCCGUCGCCGCCUCCUCCUCCUCCUCCUCGGAAGAGAGGGUACGAUGGCGACGGCGGCUGGCCCGGCAGUGGUGGUAGAGGUGAGCGUGAGCAGCACCGGGAGCAGCAGCAGCAGCGACACUUCCAGCACCGGCGAGGAGGAGAGGAUGAGGCGCCUCUUCCAGACGUGCGACGGGGACGGCGACGGCUUUAUCAGCAGGAAUGAUUUGCUGAUGGUGUGUCGCCAACUGAACAUGGAAGAAUCUGUGAUUGAAAUCAUGCAUCAGCUUGGUGCAGAUGAACAUGGAAAAAUUUCCUUUCAAGAUUUCACACGAUGUCGUAUGCAGCUUGUGCGAGAAAUCAGGAAGGAAGAAGUAGAACUUUCUGUGAAAUUGGAUGACCCAUGUAAAAAGAAAACAUUAAGGGAUAGAGUAGCUUCAUGGCCAACCAGCAGCAAUAACAGUUUAGGUGCCCUUUCUGGAGCUAGAGAGAGUUGGGAAUACGAUUCUGGAGCUAGAGAUCUUCAAAGCCCUGAUUUGCAUAGUUGUUCAACUUUACAAAAGCCAUUUGAAUAUGGUGGGAAUACUAUCAAUCAACAAGUUGCCCUUCAAAGAUUGCUUGCACAGGCCACCAAUCUAAGCAAUUCAGUCGGAGGAAGUUAUCUCGAGCUUGCCAACACUUUCCACUUAGCAGCCCUGGCAUCUUUGAAAGGCGACAUCGUUGAUCUUAAUAAGCGCUUACAGCAAACAGAACGAGAGAGAGAUUUGUUGGAAAAGAAAUUGGCAAAAGCCCAGUGUGAGCAAUCUCACCUAAUGAGAGAGCAUGAAGAUGUGCAAGAGCGUACAACGCUUCGUUAUGAGGAACGGAUUACAGAGCUUCAUAGCAUUAUUGCAGAGCUAAAUAAGAAAAUAGAUCGACUGCAAGGAACUACUAUAAGAGAAGAAGAUGAAUAUUCUGAACUGCGAUCAGAACUUAGUCAGAGUCAACAUGAGGUCAAUGAUGAUUCACAUAGUAUGGACCAAGAUCAGACCUCUCUUCCAGAAAACCAGUCAACUAUGGUCACAGCUGACAUUGAUACCUGUAGUGACUUGAACUCUGAAUUGCAGAGAGUGCUGACAGGACUGGAGAAUGUUGUCUGUGGGAGAAAGAAGAGCAGCUGUAGCCUGUCUGUGGCAGAUGUUGACAGGCAUAUUGAACAGCUCACUACUGCCAGUGAACACUGUGACUUGGCCAUUAAGACAGUUGAGGAGAUUGAAGGUGUGCUUGGCCGAGAUUUGUACCCAAAUUUGGCUGAAGAAAGGUCCCGAUGGGAGAAGGAAUUGGCAGGUUUGAGGGAAGAGAAUGAAAGCUUAACAGCUAUGCUGUGCGGCAAGGAAGAAGAAUUAAACAGAACUAAGGCCACCAUGAAUGCUAUCCGCGAAGAACGAGACAGAUUACGCAGAAGGGUCAGAGAACUACAGACUCGAUUACAGAGUGUCCAGGCAACAGGCCCAUCAAGUCCAGGUCGCCUCACUUCUGCAAACCGUCCCAUUAAUCCUAGUACUGGAGAAUUAAGCACCAGCAGCAGUAGUAAUGACAUCCCCAUUGCUAAGAUUGCAGAGAGAGUGAAGCUUUCAAAGACGAGAUCAGAAUCUUCAGCAUCUGACCGUCCUGUUCUGGGAUCAGAAAUAAGCAGCAUAGGAGUAUCCAGUAGUGUGGCAGAACAUUUGGCACAUUCUCUUCAAGACUGUUCCAAUAUUCAAGAGAUUUUCCAAACACUCUACUCACAUGGAUCAGCUAUCUCUGAAAGCAAAAUUAGAGAAUUUGAAGUAGAAACAGAACGGUUGAACAGUCGCAUCGAGCACUUAAAAUCUCAGAAUGAUUUAUUGACAAUAACUCUGGAAGAGUGUAAGAGCAAUGCUGAAAGGAUGAGCAUGUUGGUUGGAAAAUAUGAAUCCAAUGCCACAGCCCUCAGGCUGGCAUUGCAAUACAGUGAACAGUGCAUUGAAGCCUAUGAGCUGUUGCUAGCGUUGGCUGAAAGUGAACAGUCUCUCAUUCUUGGACAAUUCAGAGCUGCAGGUGUUGGAUCUGUCGGGGAUCAAACGGGGGAUGAAAGCAUCACCCAGAUGCUUAAAAGAGCCCAUGACUGUAGGAAGACAGCUGAGAACGCAGCCAAAGCCUUGUUGAUGAAAUUGGACGGAAGCUGUGGGGGAGCCUAUGCAGUUACUGGCUGUAGUGUACAGCCCUGGGAGAGCCUUUCUUCCAACAGUCAUACCAGUACUACUAGUUCAACAGCAAGCAGCUGUGAUACAGAGUUCACAAAGGAAGAUGAGCAGAGAUUGAAGGACUACAUUCAACAACUAAAAAAUGAUAGAGCAGCUAUUAAAUUAACCAUGCUAGAGCUGGAAAGCAUCCAUAUUGACCCCCUCAGUUAUGAUGUCAAGCCUCGUGGAGACAGCCAAAGAUUGGAUCUAGAAAACGCUGUACUUAUGCAGGAACUCAUGGCAAUGAAGGAAGAAAUGGCAGAACUGAAAGCACAGCUGUACUUGCUAGAAAAAGAGAAGAAAGCUCUCGAGUUGAAGCUGAGCAGUCGAGAAGCUCAGGAACAAGCAUAUUUGGUCCACAUUGAGCACCUAAAGUCAGAAGUAGAAGAGCAAAAAGAACAGAGAAUGAGAUCUCUCAGCUCAACUAGUAGCAGCAGCAAAGACAAGUCAAGUAAGGAGUGCACAGAUGGCACAUCAGCAUCAUUAACACUAACUGAGCUCAAAUCUUACAAUGAAAGUGAGCUGACUACAGAAUUGGCAAAUGCCCUCAGACGAGAAAAGAAACUGAAAGGCAGAGUGCAAGAGUUGGUGAGUGCCUUAGAAAGACUAACUAAGAGCAGCGAAAUUCGGCAUCAGCAAUCUGCAGAGUUUGUUAAUGACUUGAAAAGAGCAAACAGUAACCUUGUGGCUGCCUAUGAGAAAGCAAAGAAGAAGCACCAAAACAAGCUGAAGAAACUGGAAUCCCAGAUGAUGGCAAUGGUGGAAAGACAUGAGACUCAAGUUAGGAUGCUCAAACAAAGAAUUGCUUUGCUGGAAGAGGAGAACUCAAGACCCCAUACCAAUGAAACAUCCCUUUAAGAGAGAUUAGUUUUCUUUAAAUCAAUGUGCCAUUACAAAAAUGACUUUUUACAAGACUCAUUGAGAUAGUAAACACAGUUGUGAAUUGAUACAAACCAGGCAAUGUUGGAGAUCAAUACCUCAUAGUGAGAUUGCAACUUCAACAAUACACAGCCAUGGGCAGGAGCCCCCAAACUAAUGUUUUUGUAUAAUUGAGCAUACUCAGUGCCUGAUGGUAAAUGUAUCAGUUUAUCACAUUUCCAAUGUAAUAGUUUUACUGAUAUUAUUACAGAUUCUCUUAUAAAUUUCGAAUUUGUAUGAGUAAA